GACAUUCCUAGAAGAAUAUUUAAAAUUUGUUUUGGGUAUUUACAUGUGCUGUUUUGAUGAUAUUUGAAUUUUAACACAUGUGAUUCUUAUAUUCUUGAGCUCGAUUUUUGGAAAUCUCAAAUGAUAAUUAUUUCCCGUAAAAAUGAGUAAAUGAAAAUACAUAAAUCUUUUUAUUUUAUCGAUUAAAAAUCUCAGGAUUUUAUUGAAACAAAUUUAAAGGUUAUUUAAACUUUCCACUAGCAGCAAAUACACCACCGUACUGGCCAUUAUUGCAGCGGCCAAUACGGUAAAUUAAAUGCUACUUCAACCGUCUUAUAUAAUCUUUGUAAUAUGUUGUAUCUGUCAUAGGUAGGGUAAUAUUUGAGUUAUGGUGGUUUUAUUUGUUUUUGCCAAAUUUUUGAAUCAUGUUUGUUGAGAAUUAUUCUGUUUUGUUUUUAUGUUCAUGUCCAGUUCUUUGAGAUCAUUAAAUAGUUGCUCAGUUUUUUCAACUGGAAAAUCAUUUUAAUUGUGCGCAAAGAAAAUGGCCGUAUCUGAAUACAUACUCUUAGUGAAAAAUUUGAUCUGGAAUAUCAACUGUGUUUUAAAGCAGAUCGUGUGUAAAGACCGACCCCAUUGCAAUAUAACGAUUAUGAUGUGCAGUAACAGUUAUACCAGAAAAAUGUAGUUACUUCCACUGGUUAUUUUUUUUUUUGUAAUAUGAAGGUUUUAUGCCAAAAAUAUUCACAUUUCCUGAAUUUGUAAAAUGAAAAAUUUUCAUAUAGAAUAUAACCAUUAUUUUAACCAUUUGAAACAUCCCCAGUUCUGCGAUUUAUUAAAAUAUAUUUGCAAUGAGUUCCUGUGUUGUUUUAUUUUUGGUCUUCUACUGCCAAUUACUGUCAUAUUGAAAGAUGGGAUAAAUUAACUCAUCUGAAACUUUGAAAUUUGAAACUUAUCAUUUUUCUUUGUGUAUUAUCUGGGCCUGUCAUAUUAAAAAUGGCACUAUUUACUAGUUUUUCGACAGUUUUGCUUAUUUUAAAAUGAAAAAGUUCUAAACGCGUAUUACUGCUUUCUAUUUCAUUAUAAUCAUGGUGAAAUUGCUCCGAUGGUUUAUUUUAAAUUUUAGCGUUAUUUAAAGAAAAAAAUAUCAUGGAUAAAAGAUUAAUUCCGCCAUCACAUUUUGAUCCAAAUGAAAAAGAUUCAUUGGAAAAUACCCCAUCUGUGUCUGCUCAACAAGAUGAUUUCACUUUGUCAUCAACAUCGGUAAAUUCAAACAGACAAUCUGGAAUUUCUGGAGAGAAUUUUCAACUUCGUCCACCUCAUGACUUUUCAUCACCUACAACAAAACCGAUGUCUAAUAUACCUCCUUUUAUACAAGUUGGAAAACGUCUUGAUCCAUCGAAGAAUGCGCAAAGCUUUAUUCCUGGACAUUAUCAAACGCCUCCUCAAAUAUCACGUAAUCAAGCAUUUUCAAUGUUGCCAUCUCAAAGUGAAUCCAUGCAGAUUCUACAACAGCAUUCUUCUGAGAAAUACUCGGAACUUCUGAGAUUACAGGCUGAAAAUGAAGCUCUGAAAUCAGUACUACAAUGCAAGAAAUCAAGAAUUACUGAGAAGGAAAACACUGCACCAGGAAGCUGUGAUAAUAAUGCCCAUCAAGCAGUGAUUGAACAUCAAACUCAACAUAUUUCAAGACUUCAGAAAGACAUAGAUAAUCAGAAAGAAAUCAUAGCUAAAAGAGAAAAUGAGGUAUCCCAAUACCAAGUUGCAAUCACAACUAAAGAAAAAGAAAACAAGGAAUUACAAAGCUCUAUGGAAUUAUUGGAAUCGCAAAUAGAGAGAAAAAAUGAAAAAGAGAAAAAUUAUCAUGAGGAGAUUGAAAGUUUGCAAACAACCGUCGAAGAAUUGAAAGCAGAAAAGGACAAAAUGUCAAAAAGUCACUCCAGUGAGAUUGAGGCAUUGAGACAAGAGUUUGAUGAGGCGAAACAAAUGAAUGCAUCUAAUUCAACCAGUAAACUUGAAGAAUUAUCAAGGAAAUAUGAGGCUGAUAAACUUGUUCUGGAAAGGAAAAUGGAAGAGUUGAAAGUUCAACAUGUAAAAAAGAUUGAGACAAUUGAAAGCUGUCAUCAAGAUGAAAUUACUCAACUAAAUAAUAAUCUUACUGAAAAAGUUAAUUCUCACAAUAACAUUGUGGAAGCAUUGAAUCAAGAUAUAGAAAGAUUGAAGAAAAGUUGUGAAGAUAUGAAUAAAUCUCUGGAAAACAAAAUAUCUGAAAAUCAGAAUCUGGAAAUCGACCUCAAUAACGUUCAACAUACUCUCGAAGCAUCUGAAAAAACUUGUGAGAAACAUCAAGAAAAAGUCAAUCAAUUACAAGUGUACAUUGGGCAGCAACAGUCGGAAGAUUAUGAGAGAUCACAAUGGAAAAAUCAUAAAAACCAAUACGAAAAUAACAUUGUGGCUCUUCAAAGUGAAAAAGAAUCAUUGAAUAAAACAUUAGAACUGCAGAAUGUUAGACUUCAAUCGAUAACUAAAAUUUUGACAACUCAAGAAGAAGCAAUUCAAGCCAAUGCGAAGUCCUUUUCAUCUGGAAAUAUUAAAGGUAAUCCAGAACAUGUUGUCAUCAGAAGGUGGAGAGAAAAGGUCUUCGAACUCAUGGUUCAACUCAAAUCUAAUGAAAUAUCAACAAAGAAUAUACAGAACAAGUAUACGCUUGCUGAAAAAGAUUUAGAGGAAAAGUUGGAAGAGGAACAGCGAGUCAGCGUUAUUUUGGAGAAUCAACUGUGUGAAUGCAAAGCUCAACUUGAAAUGCAAGAAAGAGAAAAUAGUUCGCUGUCCGGUUCAAAUCACCAUCUGACUGAAAAAUUGAAGGAAACGGAACAAACUAUUGCCCAAUUAGAAGAAAGUUUAGUAUCAAUGUCGGAAAAUGUUGCCAAGUCCACAGGAAAUCUUUCCCAGGAAUUUCAAACCAAAUUUUCUUCACUCUCGGAAAAAACUAUCCAUUUGGAGCAAAGGAUUAUGUUUGCAAGUAACAGAUUACGUACAGUUCAAGAUCUCAUGUUGAGAAAAGAUAAUAUAUGGAGGGCAAAACUUAAACAAAUAAGAGAAGAUCAUGAAUCAGUUCAGAAGGAAGAAGGCAUUUUAACUCAAGCUGAGCGACCCGACUUAGUUGCUGAAAUUUCACAAUUAACAAAAGAAAGAGACACAUUGAGUCAAAGGUUAAGUAGUGAUUCAGCAUCAUUCGAAGCAGCUAUGACAAACUUUAGGCAGAGAGAAUCUGAAUUGGAACAGAAUGUCACAACAUUACAGCAUGACGUACAACAAAAAUCUGAGGAGAUUGCAGAGUGCAAAAUUCAAAUAGAAUCGAUGGAGGAUAGACUGAAGGAUUAUGAGCGAAUAGCUUCUGAUGCAAGAGAUAGUGAAAAAGCCGCUAAAGAGAAUUGUGCUGAAGAUAUUGAAAAGAAAUUGGAAGAAGCAUGGAAAACGUGGGAUGCAGAAAAAAGAGAGUUGGAGAAACGACUCGAGGAAUCACAAAGGGAGCAUGCUAGAACUGUUGUCACUUCAAGACAAAGUGAACGAAAUGCAGUUCGAGAGAAGAAAAGAGCUGCUGAAAAUUUACAAGCAGUUGUUGAAGAAUGCAGACAAGAAACUGAAAAAUUGCAAACUCGAGUGAAAAGUUUAAAAAUGGAUAAUAAUCUUCUAAUGGCUACAUUACGACAGCAAGGUCUUUUGUCAACCUUCAAAGAGGCUCGCGCACAAGCAAGAAAACUUGACAUUGACACAUCGGUAAAUAAACCUAAAUUGAAAAGCACUGAUGGAACUAGUAUUGGCAAAGUGGUUGAACCUUGUACGACUUCUAGUGCAACCCAAUCAGUUCCUGCUAAACCAGCUUCGAGCAAUACCGAUUCGACUGAAAAUGUGAAUGAUUGUACUGCAGAGAUGCUCAAGGAUUUAGUAGUUAUGACUGAAAAUAUACUAGAUGAUUCAGAUUGAGUUGAAUAUGAAAUUUUUGACUUUUUGGCUACGGUCUCAGUUCUCAGGUGUUUCGAUUGAAAUUUUUUUUUAUAUGUGUUGCGUUUGAAAUUAAGUUUGCACAUCUUUCUUUCCGAAUUAUUGCCAAAACAUUGAGUAACACAUUGAUAAAGAAACUGGGAAUGUUUUUUUGUGAAUUUAUACCUUUUUUAAUUUAGACAUGUUGAUUAUAUACUAUAUUGCUAUCAUUUGUGAAAACUGGAUGCUGUUUUUUAUUAUUUGUACUAGAUUCAGUGACCACUGUAUCCAAAAUGUGUUUUAGAUAUAUAUUUUUUUAUUUAGAGCUGCUAUAUCCUUUGUAUUUUCAUAUCAAUCACCUUCUGUUUAUAAACAAUACAAUGAUACUUGAAAAAAUUA